UAUGUUUUUUCAUGACAAUUUCUAAACAUUAAUUUAUUAUUAUUCUGUAGAUGAACAAAUCAUUAGCGAAGUUCCUACAUAUUUUUCCAAACUUUUUGAAUUCAGAUGUAUUUCGUUGUGAUGUUCUUCCAAACAUUUCUGUCCAUAUCACGGACGCCAUUCACACACUUACAGACCAUUUAACACGAUAUAUAAAGAUGAUUUAUAUGCAUAUUUACACCAAUCAAACGGAGAAGAAUUUUGAAAGUGGGGAUUGUUAAAGUCCUCGAUCAAGACUCGAUUCUACAAGAAGAGGGACGGUGGCAUUCGCGAGGUAAACGAAUUAGAGGAAACAUGACUGAACACAAACGAGGAAAUUUGAUUAUUGAAGGGAAGACCAAACAGGUCUUUGAACUUAUAAAUGAUUCUGCUCUGUGCCUGUUACAAAGCAAAGAUCGUAUUACUGCUGGAGACGGUGUAAAAUCUCAUGAUUUGGAAGGCAAAGCUGCUAUCAGCACAGCUACUACAGCUAAAGUUUUUCAAUUGUUAAAGGAAGCUGGAGUAAAAACUGCAUUUGUUGAGGUGGUUAAUAAUAUAACUUUUAUUGCCAGAAAGUGUGAAAUGGUUCCAAUAGAAUGGGUUACUAGACGAUUGGCUACUGGUAGCUUUCUCAAAAGACAUUCAGGGGUUCCAGAAGGAUAUAGAUUCAAUCCACCAUUGCAAGAAACAUUCUUUAAAGAUGAUGCUAAUCAUGAUCCUCAAUGGUCAGAAGAACAAGUUAUUUCUGCUGCUUUUAAGUUGAAUGGUCUUACAAUAGGAAAAGAUGAAUUUGACAUAAUGCAACAUACUACUGUAGCUGUGUUCGAAAUUCUGGAAAGAGCAUGGGCAACUAGAGACUGCGCUCUUGUAGAUAUGAAGAUAGAAUUUGGUGUGGAUGUAAAUGGUGAAAUUAUGGUAGCAGACAUAAUUGAUAGUGACUCUUGGAGACUUUGGCCAUCUGGUGAUAAAAGGCUGAUGAAAGAUAAACAAGUAUACCGAAAUUUAACUACUGUCACUCAAGAAGACUUGGAUACUGUAAAACGUAAUUUUAAAUGGGUGGCAGAUCAAUUGGACUAUCUUAUUCCUCCAUGUAAUAGUCUGGUUGUUAUUUUAAUGGGUUCACCAUCUGACAUAAAGCAUUGUAAAAAAAUAGCAGAACAUGCAAAGUCUCUAGGUUUAAAAGUUCAACUUCGUGUGUGCAGUGCACACAAAGGAACCCAAGAAACAUUACGUAUUCUUUCAGAGUAUGAAGGUACUCCUGAAAAGGUGGUGCUAAUAGCUGUAGCAGGGAGAAGCAAUGGAUUGGGUCCAGUACUGUCUGGAAACACGGUUUUGCCUGUUAUUAAUUGUCCGCCUUUUAAACCAGAAAACAUUUCGCAGGAUUUAUGGUCGUCGAUUAAUGUACCUUCAGGAAUUGGUUGUACCACAGUUGCCUAUCCAGAAAGUGCUGCACUUGCAGCAGCUCAAAUACAUGCAUUACACGAUCACCUCGUUUGGUCACGCCUACGUGUGAAGCAGUUGAUGAAUUUCAUUGUUUUAAAGCAAGCUGAUAUACAACUAAGAAAUCUUGUUGAUGUUUAAAGAUACUCACAUCAGUCGAGAAAUACGAAGGAGCUUAUAGUGUUUCGAAUAUUUUUUCAAUUUAUACAACAACAGUAACAAUAACAGUAAUAACAAUAACGAUAUUUUACGUCCAAUUACUGUGUCAAUGUACAUGAAACAUUAGUAUACAUACAACAAAUAUCUAUCAGUUCGAUAUUUUACGAAGACUGUGUGGUAACUUUAUUGCUUUUUCAUUAUUACUAUACGCAAUUUUAUGUAUUUACAAUUAUGGUAUUUGUUUACUGAUUUGUAAAC